AUGGGUAACCACGAUCAGACCAGCCAGUCGGUGGACGAUGUCGCGAAUCUGGUGAAGGGGAUUUCUUUGGAAGCUCCAGAGGAACCCUCUACACACAACGGCACCAACGGAUCGGGCCCCAAAGUCCAAAAUUCAAGCUUCAUUGAGGUCCGCUCUUCUGGGGACCUCGGGAAGGGGGUUUUCGCCGUCCAGGAUAUCGCUCGUGGCACACGAGUCAUCAGCGAGGCUCCUCUCUUUGUUGUCCAGCCAGCAUCCGCGCCCGAAGUAUUUGAGGAGCAUAUCGAGGCAUUUUGCACAGCAGUUCGAGCUCUGUCUGUGGAGGGCCUCAAAACCCUGGAUGAGUUGUGUUGCGAUGAAGCCCUGCCCAAGUCGAAUCAAAAGAAGGCACAGAAGAUAAUUCACCGAUGGCAUGAGCAGCAUCGCGAUGAGAAAGGCUACAAGCUGAACACGAGGAAGCUGAAAAAGGCCGACAAGCGAGCGUUUACGCGAUUCUCCAUCUUCCUGAACAACAGGAUGGGAAUGGGUCGCGAUUCGAUGUACGGCCAAGGGCUCUUUCCCCUGCACAGCCGUAUGAACCACUCAUGCAGCCCCAAUGUCGUCAGCUCGUACAAUCCAACCAUCGAGCGCCUCACAGUCCACACCACGCGUGACAUCAAAGCCGGUGACGAGGUCCUUGGCGAUUACAGAAAUGGUACCUUCCUCAAGAAGUUUAAUCGGCAGGUUGCGAUGAAGUACUGGGGAUUCGUGUGCCAGUGCAGCGCGUGCACCAACCCUGAGGAGGAGGCACUCCGAGACCACAUGGUCGACUUGGAAAUGAGUCUGCUGCACGAGAACCACCCUGACCUUCCGAACACAGGCUUGGAAGGGUCCGAGGAAGUGGCUAGAAGCCCGCAGCAGGCCCUGGAGGUAAAUGAAAAGAUCGCGGCGCUCUUGAGGCACCCCACCAUCGACUUGCAGUCUAUAUCGCUUUGCAGGAUAUACCGCAGAUGUUCCAGACUGUGCCUGGAGCUUGACGACUUCCAGAAAGCCAAAGAGUACGCGCGGAAGGAGCUCGAGCUCGAGGAGGCCGUCAUCGGCACGGAGACCGAGCAUCUGCGUGAAGACCUGGUCGGGGCCAAGUACUGGCUUGAAUAUCUGGAGGAGGAGUACUGA